AUGCACGGGCACAAAAAUCGCAGAGGUAAUGGGGCUGGCCCCCAGAACCGGAACGGAAACGGCAACGGUAAUGGCAACGGCAACAACAGGAACAACAACAGGAACAAUAAUGGAAAUAACAACGGAAACAACAACGGCAACAACAACGGCAACAACAACGGCAACAACAACAGGAAUAACAACAGGAACAACAAUAACAACAACGGCAAUAACGGCAACAACAACAGUAGCAACAGAAACAACAGAAACAACAAUAACAGCAACAGCAGUAAUAACAACAGCCAGAACAGGGGCCGCGGGAGCAACAGCAACGGCAACAACGGCAACAAUGGCAAAAACGGUGUGGACAUGUGCAGAUACAUCCCAUGCAGCAGGGAAAACUGCCGUUUUGCGCACGCACCCGGCCAGCAAUCGAACAGCCAGGGAGGCCACACGCAAAACCAGCCACAGCAGCAAGGCGGCGGCAGCAAUGGCUGGUCACUGUGCAGAAACAGACCCUGCAACAAUAGAAACUGCCGGCUGGUCCACGGGCCCGGUCAGCAGCAGACCAGCGGCGGGGGAGACGCCCAGGAUAACCAGUGGCAACAGCAGAGCGGCGGCGGCGGCGGCGGCGGCAGCAGCAGCAGCAAUGGCAUGUCCAUGUGUUGGCACAAUCCCUGCAAAAAAGAAGGCUGUCAGCGGCCGCACGCGCCUAGCCAGCCGCAGCAGCAGCAGCCGCCGCAGCAGGCCAGCAGCACUCAGGGGGGUUCGCGGUUUGAUAGUCUCAUGUCCGUCCAGAUAAUGGAAUGGAUGCGGCAGCAGCAGCAGCAGGCGGCAGGCGGCUACGGCCCGCCUCAAAAUCCGCCCUUCAUCGACAGUGAGGGCGACGUCAUGAUGUGCGACUGCCCCAGCCACCCCGACGACCCAUCAUGGUGCUGCCGGGACCAGUACGUGGCGCUGUGCGACCGCGACCCGUCCUUGGGGGGGAGCGCCGAGGCUUUUAAGGCGUUCUCGACUAGGGUUCAUGCGGAGAUGGAGGCUGAAAGAGCUAAGGCUCAGGCGUGGUUGAUGAGCAUGGCGGAGACUAUUGCUACGAGGACUUUUCCUAAGUGGCAAGGAGGGGGAGGAGGAGGAGGAAGGGAAGGAGGAGGAGGAGGGGGAGGGGGAGGACGAGGGGGAGGAGGCCCGCGCCGGAGGGCCAGGAAUUGA